UGGAACAAAAGAACGAUAACUCUACAUUGUUUAUAGAUCUUGAGAAAAUAAAAAAUAAAAAAAAAUCAGCGACGCCAUCAGACUGUGUCGAGAAUGGCUACCAUUGUUGUUGCUGUAGAUGGAAGUAAAUUUGCCGAGAAUGCAUUCAGAUGGUACGCAGCCCAUCUCCAUAAACCUACGAACAAAGUAAUUUUACUUUACGCCAUGGAAAACAUCUUGCUUCCCGAGAUGGUGAAAAAUUCAUCAUUCCCAACUACAAUGAGUCCCGGAAGAAUACAAGAACUCCAAAAAGAGGCUGAGGAAAAGGCGGCAAAACUAAAAGAAAAGUACGCAGUAAUGGCUGCUGGUCUUGGGAUUGAUGCUGAAAUCCGAAUCGAACAUGUUAACGGUAAACCAGAAUAUGCCAUCGUGGACGUAGCUAGCAAAGAAAAUGCAUCCUGCAUAGUCACCGGAAGUAGAGGAAUGGGUCUAAUAAGAAGAACCAUUCUAGGCAGCACGAGUGAUUUUAUUCUUCAUCAUUCAAGCUGUCCCGUUGUCGUGUGUAAAAUGGACGAUUAAACAAGGAGAUUUUAUCACCUCCUUCGCCGCUCGUAAAAAUCAAGUUUCAUUGUUUUCAGCCCAGUUAAUAUCAUGUGUUCAAUAAGGCAUUACUUUUGUUUUUCAGGAUUUUGCAUAUCAUGCUUAAAAGCUGUUCUUUUCACUGAAUAGAGAGACUGUUCAUUCUGUACAUCUGAAGUAAUUCAUUUGUUGCACAUGUAUUCUGUGUUUAAUUAUCUUAUCUUCUUUAUAAUGAGUUUAUUUCAGUCAGAAACGCGUAAACAUUCUUUAUAGUUAUUCAGGGUACUUCAAUCUUGUUAGACUUACUAAAAUCUUAUGCUGCGAUGUAUGUUGUGUAACGAUUAAACAAAUAAAAUACUGAGAAUCGGUA